UGCAUCGAGUGUAGAGUGUGGUGUUUGCGAUUUCUUACAAAAUUCAACAUGAAAACUGGAAGACGGAAAACAGUAUGGCGGACCCUGUGUUUUGUAGUGAUUUUAACGCCAACUCUUUUUCUUCUGAAAAUUAUUUCAACCUGUAGCCCCCGCUCUCCCACGCCGCUGACUUACUCGACUGAAUCGGAAAAGGUCUUGUCUGAAGGAGAAUUUUAUGUGCUGAAGAACGUUUUCCACUAUAAGGAGAGCCAACAAGAGCGCACGGGGCUUAGAAUGCUCUCAAAACUCUACAAACAACUCCCAGCGGUUAGAGCAGAGUACUCAGUCACGUCUCCUGAAAUAUGGGAGUUCAUCGCAAAACUCAAGAAAGAUAUAAAAGGAAGAGGAGUUACAAAAAAGCCUUGGAAAUUAGCACGUAAGUGGGCGAAACCAACUUCGCUGAUCCCUUCGUCAGCUCCGGGUCUGGGUGACGUGCUGACGGCCCUCGCCACCGCCGCCGUGACCUCUGCUGACCUCAGCGACAGAGGGUCACAGCUCAAGAUUAAACUCAAGCUUGAAGGAGGACAGACCGUUAUUUUUAAACCGAUGAGGUAA